GGAGUUCUCCCGGCAUGCUCGGCGGGGUUAAUGGCGGCGCUCAGUGUGUGGCGAUGAGGAGCUCGGUGUGGAGCCUGCAGCUUUCUCCCAUGUUCCUGAGUUAGUGCCGAGCGGAGAGGAGCGGCUCCUUGGCCGGGAUAGCGGCCAUGCAGCACUUCCUCAGCCUGGUUUUACUAUGCCUUUGCCGGCCGGGCUGUGGCGAACAGCGGGAUGAUGUUUACAUCUUUGAUACCUGGAACUCCUUGAAAACUUGUGCGUUGUCAUUGUGGCAUGUUAGACAUUACAUCUAUUCGACAAUUGUUGUUGCCAUAGGAGUUUGGGCAACUGUUGAGUAUUUGAGUAAAAACCACAACAAGCAGAAAAAUGAGGACAACAUCGCACCAAACGAGGCUGAUGAAGUUAUUCAAAAUGGACACUUAGUCCAAGAAGUAAAGGAAGUUCACAUUGCUGGGGUGAAGAUUUUCUUUGGCUCUCAGACUGGUACUGCUAAGAGGUUUGCCGCAAUUCUUGCAGAGUCUGUACAAAAACUUGGAUUACCUGUGGAAGUUAUUGAUCUGAAGGAAUAUGAUCCAGAUGAAAACCUGGUGGAAGAGGUCUACAGUAAAACUAUCUGUGCAUUCAUGAUUUCCACAUACACUGAUGGAAAACCAAAUGAAAGUGCUGCCUGGUUUUGUAAGUGGUUGGAAGAUGCAACACAUGACUUCAGAUAUGGCAAAACCUAUCUUAAAGGUUUGAGAUAUGCAGUGUUUGGCUUGGGCAACUCUCUUUAUGAAAAUCACUACAACACUGUCGGCAAGAAUAUUGACAUGUGGCUGUGGAUGCUGAGUGCCAGUCGUAUUAUGACUCGAGGAGAAGGUGACUGCAAUGUAGUGAAGAGCAAACAUGGCAGUAUUGAAGCUGACUUUGAUGAUUGGCAAGCUACGUUCUUGAGCAGAGUACAAGCACUCUGCAAAGAGGAAAACAAGGAGUGUAGUGGUAGCUGCCAAAAGGGGAAAUGCAAGACCAACGACCAGAAGCAUAACAAAGAAUUCAGUCAGAAUGAAGAAGUGCCAGAAAAAAUGAAAGAUCACAGUAGUGAAGAGGAAGAACUGUUUGAAACAACGAGUGAAGAAGGAUCUGGAGUGGAAGAUGAAACUGAAUCAUCUGUCCUUGAUGUAGAGGAUCUGGGCAAUGUUAUGAACAAUAUGAAAGAAGCAAAGCAGGAGAGGGAAGCUGUCAAAAAAGUAAAACAAAAAACAUCGAAGCGUGCCGUUGGAAAAAAUGAAGGUGCAGAACCAAGAGAAAUGAUUACUCCAGCACUAAAGAACGCACUUACAAAGCAAGGAUACCGCCUGAUCGGAAGUCACUCAGGUGUGAAACUGUGCAGAUGGACCAAGUCCAUGCUCCGAGGCAGAGGCGGUUGUUACAAACACACUUUCUAUGGCAUUGAAAGCCAUCGCUGUAUGGAGGCCACUCCUAGUCUAGCCUGUGCCAAUAAAUGUGUCUUUUGCUGGCGACAUCAUACGAAUCCAGUUGGAACUGAAUGGCGCUGGAAAAUGGAUGAAGCAGAUAUGAUCUUAAAAGAAGCAAUCGAGAACCAUCAGAACCUGAUAAAACAGUUCAAAGGUGUACCUGGAGUAAAGGCUGACCGUUUUGCAGAGGGAAUGAAGGUGAAACACUGUGCAUUGUCAUUGGUAGGAGAACCAAUCAUGUACCCCAAAAUCAAUGAAUUAGUGAAACUGUUACACCAUAAUGAAAUCUCCACUUUCCUUGUAACAAAUGCACAGUUCCCAGAGGAAAUCAGAAAACUUGAACCAGUUACUCAGCUUUAUGUCAGUGUGGAUGCAAGUACUAAGGAUAGUCUGAAGAAAAUUGAUCGCCCCCUUUUUAAGGACUUUUGGCCACGAUUUCUUGAAUCCCUGAAGGCCUUGGCAGACAAGAAACAACGCACUGUAUAUAGACUAACUCUGGUAAAAGCCUGGAAUGUGGAUGAACUUCGAUCUUAUGCUGACCUGAUUGAGAUUGGGAAGCCUGACUUCAUUGAAGUUAAAGGAGUGACAUAUUGUGGUGAAAGCUCAGCGAGUAAUCUGACUAUGGCUAAUGUUCCAUGGCACGAUGAGGUUGUAUAUUUUGUCCAGCAGCUGGCUGAUCUUCUCAUAGAUUAUGAAAUUGCUUGUGAACAUGAGCAUUCAAACUGCCUUCUUAUAGCACACAAAAAGUUUAAAGUAAAUGGAGAAUGGUGGACUUGGAUAGACUAUGACCACUUUCAUCACCUUGUCAAAGAAUAUCAGGAGAACAAUGGCAGCAAGAUGUUCUGUGCAGAAGAUUACAUUGCAAAGACACCACCUUGGGCACUCUUUGGAGCUAAGCAGAGGGGGUUUGAUCCUGUUGAUACUCGCUUCUUAAGGAAAAGAAAGAAGGACAUCUCUGGCUGUUAAGACUAUUUGAUUGAAUAUUAUGCAUCAUUUGUAUUGUUCCUUAGAAUAGCUGUUUAUUAGUGAUUUAACUCAUGUAAAUUGAAAAAUUUACCAAAGAUACAUAUGCAGAAUAGGAACUGACAUGCAUCCCAGGAAAAUGGUAUGUCGUAUCCAUGCCCCACAAGCUGUCAACUGACAAAAGUAAAUGGCAACAUAAUCUGUAUAACUGUCUAAAGCCUGUAUAUGUUACUGUCAUUAUUUUCAUUUUAUUUUAUAUUCAGUUUUCCCAUUUGUUGACAGAUCCCCACAAACCUAUCUUCAUCUGAGUUAGUUACCUGUGCCAUUUUCUUUUUGUACUAUUCACCUCCAACACAGCUAGUGAACCUAGUCAGGAUUGGAACAGCAGUAUUUGACUUUCCUCUAUAUUCACUCAUUUGAUGGUAAUAUAUUUGUAUGUCAGGCAGUGCUGAAACCUGAGUCUGUGGAAUAUUUAUCAUCAUCUCAUGCAGUGUGUUGUUUGAUUUCCUGCUUUUCCCUAUAUCAGCCAGCCAAAUGGCCAAGUCUGACCCACAAUAUUUUCCAUGGCUAGUGUGUCUCCAUCUUGUGAAGGUCAUGGCCCAGACCAGAACAAACUGACGUUCUGAAAAGUACCCCCAAUGCUUAAAUCUGAUUUUUGAUUGUGCCCCUUAUAACAUUCACCUUUACUGUCAGGAAUUUUCUCUUCACAGUUAGCUUCAGUAAGAAUUUGAAUUGUUACUAUUGUCCGAAAUGACCUGUUUCUUUUUCUAGUUAAAUUUUGAACUUUAUGGUUGUAAUAACGUGGAUACAGAAUGUGAUAAUAAAUUCUGUUAUAAUUUCCA